AUGUGCUAUUGGUGUGCGGCUGCCAAGGCCAAGGCUAAGGCCGUGGCCGUGACCGUGGUCGCGGUGGCAAUAGGGGCAGAAGAAGCAGAGAAGGUGCUGAGGAUCCGGAAGUACUUCUUACGAAAUGCAUCUUCUGAGAGGGAGCAGUAUGAAAUGCUGCCGGAAGUAGUGGAUCCACUGCAACCUACGCCGCAAGUGGAUCCACUACAGCCAUCAACAUCAUGGCAACCUACGCCGCCCUUAAUAGUAGUGCCGGCUGACGUCGAGUUUGUUAACAACGAGGAUAGUGACGAUGAGAGACAGAUCGGAGACAGCGACGGUUCCGUUGGUACGGCAGAGGCGGACACGAUCCUGUCUACGCUGAAGAGGUAUCGCCGCGUGCAAUCCAUACAGCAACACUUCUGGAAACGGUUCUCCAACGACUACGUGUCACUCCUCCAACUGAAGACGAAGUGGCGCCACGGGGACACACUGAAACCCGAGAGUCUCGUCCUCAUAAGGGACAAAACUGCACCUCCUCUCAUCUGGCUCUUGGGGAGGAUAGUCAAGACCUACCCAGAAGUCGACGGGGUCAGCAGAGUGGCCGAAAUUAGAACCAAGAAGGGCACAAUUCGACGAGGAUUCAACAACAUCUGCGUGCUGCCCCUGGAUGAUCAUCCUUGAAUUACUUCAACCCGGGGAGCCUGUCUACGCAUCGUCUCGACUCGCCCUCCUGCUGCCCACAUCACUACGUGCGCCGGAAGCCGGGCACAGCACUACAGCGGUCUGCGCGGGCAGCGGGAGGGGCGGCUAUCGGGAGCCGCCACUUGGACUUCCGCCCUCCGCGAACGCGCGUCGCGCACCCUUGCAUUUCUUGAUUUCUUGUAAUAACACGAAGAACUACCAGUAAACACCUAUAAAAUACAGUCCACUCUUUUUAUUGAAGACCCUACGCUACAGAGUCUGUGAUCUCCUUGUUAAAAUACUCUCUGCAUACAUUCGCCCAGUUUUCAGUGGUUGACAGGCCAAUGAAACCAAUGAGUCUAGAGAACUAG